CGGAAGUCCCACCCACAAGGUUUGAACCCGAGAACUUAUAGUUUCGGGUAGCGACUAGAUCAUUUUAGUUUCAUAAUAUCCCUAUCCUAAUUCAUGACAUGUACAGACAACUAAUUAGGAUAGUGCAAAUUCAUGGGAUAUUAAAUCCUACCUUAUCCCACCCGUAUCCCUAUUAUUUUUUUAAAUUUAAUUCAUAUAUGAAGUAUCAUUAUAGGAAAGGGUAGUAAGAGAUCCUAAUUCAAUUUGUUUUAAUACGGUAUAUUUUUAAUCUACUGAGUGAAAUUAUUUUUGCUCGGCGUCAUUUACCCAGGCAGGUUCUGGUGAUGGAAACUCAUUCAUUUCACCCUACCUCACACUGGGUCCGGCUACUUAUUGUAUCAGGAUAAAUAUGGCUCAAACAGCUUGAGAUGCUUAUGAAAGUUCGAUAAUGAGCGACGGACCUGAGGAAAGGCUUCUUGGAUCAGAGACAAUUGACACGAGGAGUUUACCACUGAGGAUUUGGGAUGAGUCCAAGAGCAUAUUUCGGAUAUCAUUUCCAGCCAUACUAUCAAGACUUUCUCUCUUCGGCGUCAUAGUCGUGGCCCAAGCAUUCAUCGGACACAUCAACUAUCUAGAUUUUGCUGCAUUUGCGAUAGUCCAGACAAUCUUGGUUCGGUUCGUGUGUGGCAUAACUCUAGGCAUGUCAAGUGCGACGGAGACGCUGUGCGGACAAGCAUUUGGGGCGAGGCAGUACCACAUGAUGGGCAUCUACCUUCAAAGGUCAUGGAUCGUGAGUGUGGGAGCCACGACAAUCCUGAUUCCGACAUUCAUAUUCGCGACGCCUCUCUUCCGGCUUGUGGGUGAGGAGGAGGCGAUCGCCAAAGAGGCUGGGACUGUGGCCCUUUGGCUGAUCCCUGUAAUGUACAGCACGGUCUUUAGCAGCACGAUCCAAAUGUACCUCCAGGCCCAGCAAAAGAACUCCAUCAUAAUAUGGUUCGCCGUAGGCUCCUUCCUUCUCGAUGUGCUCCUCUCGUGGGCCUUCGUGUCUUGGCUUGGGUUGGGCAUUGCAGGGGCUUUCAGUGCGAUGAUCAUAGCUUGUUGGUUGUUCGUGGUGAUGAAGUUAGUGUACGUGCUCGGAGGUUGGCUCCCUGAUACUUGGAAAGGGUUUACCCUCGAGGCAUUUUCGAGUUUAUGGCCUGUCAUAAAGCUCUCAGUAUCUUCUGGUAUUAUGAUAUGCUUGGAAUUAUGGUACAACUCUGUCCUCGUAUUGCUUGCGGGAUACAUGAAGAAUGCAGAGGUCACAAUCUCAUCAUUUUCCAUCUGCCUCAACAUCGCAUCAUGGGUCCUCAUGAUCGGCCUCGGGUUCCUAGUUGCAGCUAGCGUGCGGGUCUCGAACGAACUUGGAAGAGGAAACACCAAAGCUGCAAAGUUUGCCAUCAAAGUCAUCUUUGGCAUCGGCGCAUUGUUUGGGCUGGUGUGUGCGGUUCUCUGCCUUCUCUACAGCUACGAAAUCGCGGGUCUGUUCACAAGCAAUGAAGAAGUGAAGGAAUCGGUCUCCGAACUUUCCUCCCUACUCGCUGUGUCGGUCUUCCUCAACAAUGUCCAACCGAUUCUCACAGGGGUUGCGAUUGGGGCAGGAUGGCAAAGUGUGGUUGCAAUUGUGAACAUAGGCUGCUAUUACCUGGUCGGGGUUCCGAUCGGAGCUCUGCUUGCAUAUGUUGCCCAUUUGGAGGUUAAGGGCCUGUGGAUUGGACUGAUCUGCGGCGUCGCUUCACAAAUGCUUGCACUUGUCUAUAUGACAUGGAGAACGAAUUGGGAUGAACAGGUCAUUAGGGCAUCCGAACGUCUCAACCGGUGGCUGUUGAAGUCCUCGGAUGAAUCAAAUCAGAGCGCGAGGGACGGUAUGGAAGAAUGAAGUAUUUUACGAGCACUGCCUCAUACUUCUGAAACAUAGAUCAGGAACUUACCAUUUUGAUUCCAACUUCACACACAUUUCCAAGAGGUGGAAUACAAACACCCGAGAGAGUUUGGGAUUCUUCAUUGCUGCAUUGGGCAUUCUGCAACAUCUCUUAAGUAGAUACACUGCUCGAUCAAAUCAAUGUUUGAACCACAGUAUGACACUAAUCUGGCGACAACAAUUACGUAGUUUUCGUUCAA